AAAUGAAGCAAGCACACAAACACACACACACACAUGCAGCACAUAAGAUAUGAAGAAGAUGUACGAUGACAACGAACCCGUUCCCCAAAAACACAAAUUCAAUUCAUUGCGCAUUGCCGAGCGUUGAACAUCGCAUAUUUUAUUUUUUUUAUUAUUUCCAUUUGUCGCUGUGUCGUAUUCCGAUAAAGUCAACCGCAGCAGCAGCAGCAGCAAAAAUGGAGCAAUGGAACAAUGUGGAGUUGACAAGCAUUAACAAAAAAUCCUAUACACUGAAUCAUGAGUACGAUGGCGCCCAAAAGCAAGCCAAGGCAAACAGCACGACCACAACAAGCGAAGCCACACCAAAUACUAAUGGCAAUGAUGCUGUGCUAGAACCUGGUUCGGAUAUUAAACCCAACUUAAAGCUGGAGGAUGUGGAGCCAUUAGUGCGUCGUCUCUAUGGCAUAACAAUCAGUGAGGUCAAAGAGCUGCUGGCCUACGAUGAUCGCAAUUACUUUAUCAAGGAAGAUUGUAACAUAAAAAAUCCAUUAAUUGUGACGCAUUGCCCGGAUGGUUACGUGCUGAAAAUACUCAAUGCGUUGGACUCCAAAAAACAAGAUUUUGUCGAUGCCCAAAAUCAGCUGCUGCUAUAUCUAAGUAAAGAGCAUGUGCGCUGCCCGCGUCCUAUUGGCAAUGCCCGUGGCGAAUACUUCUCCGUGGAACAGAUUGGUGGGAAUGCGCAUGUGGUGCGUAUCAUGGAGUUUGUACCCGGCAAAAUCUUUCAUGAGGUUCCGGUGACAAAGAACCUGCUCUAUCAGAGCGGCGAAUAUCUGGCCAAGUUGGAUCGCGCGCUGAAGAACUUUACACACAAGGCCUAUGAUACGCAUCGCACUGCUUGGAUGUUGCAGUCGGUGCCACAGUUGCGAGACUUUCUUUAUGCGCUGCAGGAUCAUCAGCGUAAGGCGCUUUGCGAGGAAAUUAUAGAGUCAUUUGAGAAGCAUGUGUUAAGUGUGCUGCCCACGCUGCAGCAUCAGAUCAUACAUGGUGAUUACAACGAACAGAAUAUAUUAGUUGGCGCAGGCACCAAACCGGAUCAGAGUGAUGCGUAUCGCGUUACGGGCGUCAUUGAUUUCGGCGACACUAGCUAUUCACCGUUGAUCUUUGAGCUCGGCAUUGCUAUGACCUAUAUGAUGUUGCAAGCCAAGCAAUUGGAGAGUGGUGGCAUUUUCCUUGCCGGCUAUACCAGCGUGCAGACAAUUAGCGAAGCGGAACGUGGUUAUCUCAAGUAUUGCGUGGCAGCUCGCCUGGCUCAGAGUCUGAUUAUGGGCGCCUAUACGCACUCGCUGCAUCCAGGCAAUGAUUAUGUGCUGGUCACGCAGGCCAAGGGUUGGCAGAUGCUGGAGGAGCUCUGGCGUAAUAAUUUCGAGACAAUCGAUGAGCUGUGGUCGAGCACUGCUCAUCAGUAUCUAACCCAAAGCACUAAGUAGACCCUCGUCCUGUUUACAAAGAAUUCAACCUUGUCAAUUAGUAUUUCAAUUAAGGUAGACGCUCGCUGUAAGU